AUGGCAGCAGUUUGGGCAUUUCCACUGCCGACCGUUUCUGCUGCUACAGUCUCUCUUAAUUGGACUAUUUCUUGGAUUGACAAUGUCAAUCCAGACGGAUUAUUUCCUCGCCGAGCAAUUGGUGUGAAUGGAAAAUGGCCCAUCGACGAGAUUCAUGCAACAAUUGGGGAUACGUUGGUAAUCCAUGCUACCAACCAUUUGGAUAUGCCAACCUCUCUGCAUGCUCAUGGUCUGUAUCAGAAUGGUACAAACUACUACGAUGGAGCAUUUGGCGUGACCGAGUGCGGCAUCGCACCAGGAAUGACUUACACCUACAAUAUUCCAAUUCAGCAGACAGGCACGUAUUGGCUGCAUGGACAUCAUCUAGGACAGUACGUUGAUGGUUUCCGUACCCCUUUGAUUUUACACCCAACUGCUGCACAAAAGGCAGCUUCCAAAAUCAAGUACGACGAUGAGAUUGUUCUCUCUCUUUCGGAUUGGUACCAUCAAGAACACAAGCCGCUCAACGAUCAUUUCUUGUCCAUUUUUAAUCCAACUGGAAUGGAGCCUAUCCCCGAGUCCGGUCUGAUCAACCAUGAUGCCAACACCAUCAUCAAGGUGAAACCAGACACAACAUACAAGCUACGCGUCGUUACCAUGUCUGCACUAGCCAUGUUUGAGUUUUCUAUAGAGGACCAUGAACUCUCUAUCAUAGAAGUUGAUGGGGAAGAUGUCGAGCCUUACCCUGCUCCCGUAAUUCCCAUUGCAGCUGCUCAGAGAUAUGCAUUCUUGUUCACUACUAAAAAUACAACCGAUUUUAAUUUCCGUAUUCGUGCCGAUAUGGACAUGUCCAUGUUUGACAAUCCUCCAGAUACACUCAAUGGCUUUGUCAAUGCCACUCUUCAAUACAGUCCAGACGCUCCCAUGUUUGAGGAUGAAAAUGCAGAGGAGUUGGAUGCAUCGCUAUUUGAUGAAACCAAGCUGGUUCCACUGGAUCCACAAGGCAUUUUCCAAGCCGAUCAAUCUAUACAGCUUGAUGUGGAAUUCGAGCUCUAUGAGGAUGGUGUGAAUCACGGCGCGUUCAACAAAUCUGUUUUCCAUAUGCACAAGACGCCUGCUAUAUUUACUGCGCUUACCUUGCCUAAUGAACAUGCGAUUACGCCUUCAGCCUAUGGACUCAAUAAUCCAGCCAUUGUUGUCGAUCAUAUGAAAGGAGUUCAACUUGUCGUGUUUAAUAAUGAUCCAGGACAGCAUCCUUUCCAUUUGCAUGGCCACAAGUUUCAGAUUGUCCACAAAGGUAUCGUGGGAGAUACACCAGAAGGUCAAGCCUACUCUAUUCCUGAAUCUGCCCACAUUAAUCCUAUCCGAAGAGAUACCGUGGUUAUCCCCCCAGAAGGAUUUGCUGUUAUUCGUUUUAUUUCUGACAAUCCUGGUGCAUGGCUUUUCCACUGUCACGUUGAAUGGCAUUUGGAAGCUGGACUUGUAGCUCUUAUUGUUGAAGCACCCGAUGUAAUGAAGCAGACAAUCCAUGUUCCGCAAGCCACAUUGGAUCAAUGCGCUCACUUGGGAAUGAGCACCACAGGAAAUGCAUUUGGACACAAUGAUUCAACAUCCUUUGAUGGAUUUUCACCUUUAGAGUUGUUCCCAAGCGGAUUUACUACCAAAGCAAAUGGGGCAUUUGCCGGAACCGUGCUGUCAGCUAUUAUAGGCUUGUCAGUCGUUAUUUGGUAUGCACAGGCAGAUCAUCCAGGUACAUUGAAAGAAUAA